CAGAGUGGAGGGAGGGAAGAGGAGGAUGAGGGAGGAGUGGAGAGAGAAGACAGACGCUGAUCUUUGACUGUUGAGGACCGAGUGCGAGUGUGUGAGCGUGAAGGAGUGUGCUUGUGAGACUGGGUGCGAUGGAUCACUGUUCCUGCACACUGUAAGUCUCAGUUGGAUGGCAGGGUAUUUAGAGUGUGUGAGUUUGGUUUCAUUGUGUUGGGUGGUGUUUUAUCAGACAUAGCACAGUGGCUGAGGGAUUACGACAGCUGGGGAGAGAGUGUGUCUACGUGUGUUGUGGUAGCGAGCAGGGGCAGCUGUGUGUGUGUGUUUGUCUGUGUGAAAGAAGCAGGGCAGCUGGAGACAGAGAUAGGUAGAGAGGCCAGGUACACCUAGAGGGCAGGUUCACAAAGAGAGAGAACCCACGUGAGGACAGAACAAGUGAAAACAGGGACACCAACUCUGCCACCAGAUACAGAGUUUGUAUGUGUGCGUCUGCGCAUACAGAGAAGCACCGGUCCAGUCAUCUCAGGUCAGCGCAGCGGGGGUCCAGGGAUAUCCAUCAGGCAGCUAUGGGGGCCCAGUGAGCUGUAGUAGAGGACGCCCUCUCGGCCCCCAGUCCCACCCAGCAGCAGCGCUCUCUCUUCCCCUCCGGUGGGUAGACGCACGUGGGCCUAGGGCACCUCAAAGCCCAGAGUGAGGGCCAACAGCGGGGUUCCUGUACCCAGAGGAGGAACCACGGCCAUCAUGGGGGAGUGGACCAUCCUGGAGCGCCUUCUGGAGGCUGCCGUCCAGCAGCAUUCCACCAUGAUCGGAAGGAUUCUUCUGACCGUGGUGGUGAUCUUUCGGAUCCUGAUCGUGGCCAUCGUUGGCGAGACGGUGUACGAGGACGAGCAGACCAUGUUCAUCUGCAACACUCUGCAGCCGGGCUGCAACCAGGCCUGCUACGACAAGGCCUUCCCCAUCUCCCACAUCCGCUACUGGGUCUUCCAGAUCAUUCUGGUGUGUACGCCCAGCCUGUGCUUCAUCACCUACUCUGUGCACCAGUCGGCCAAGCAGCGUGACAGACGCUACUCCUUCCUCUACCCGCUGCUGGAACAUUCGGAUUACGGGCAAAGCGGCACCAGGAAGCUUCGUAACAUCAACGGCAUCCUGGUGCACCACGGCGACGCUGGCGGGAAGGAUGAGCAUGACUGCAUGGAGGUGAAGGAGAUCCCCAAUGUGCCGCGGGGGCUCACACACGGCAAGAAGUCCAAGCAGCGCCAGCAGGAGGGCAUCUCGCGCUUCUACAUUAUCCAGGUGGUGUUCCGUAACGCACUGGAGAUCGGCUUUCUGGUGGGACAGUACUUCCUAUACGGCUUCAGUGUGCCGGGCAUCUUUGAGUGUGACCGUUACCCCUGCUUGAAGGAGGUGGAGUGCUACGUAUCACGGCCCACCGAGAAAACGGUCUUCCUGGUCUUCAUGUUCGCUGUGAGUGGCAUCUGCGUGCUGCUCAACCUGGCAGAGCUCAACCACCUGGGCUGGAAGAAAAUCAAGGCAGCCAUCCGGGGUGUGCAGGCCCGCCGGAAGUCCAUCUGCGAGAUCCGCAAGAAGGACAUGUCUUACCUGUCACAGCCCCCCAACAUGGGCAGGACCCAGUCCAGCGAGUCCGCCUACGUCUGAUGGAGACAGGGCUAAAUGCUGGGUAAGUGAGGGGGCAGGGUAGAGAACGAGUGGGACGACCACUCCAUUCCGCUCUCUCUUUUUAGUUUUAAUGGAAAGAGGAGGAGGAGGAGGGGAAGCUGCCACGGAAUAUUUGGUGCAUUUUGUUAUUACUUUAUUACCAGCUGCACCUGUUCUUGUCAUACCUUGUCAUGUGAAUGAUGUUUUGAUUGGGACGUUCCCAAUGGGAACGGGAGCCUUUAAGGAGAGGCUUCUGGCUG